UUUUGACAAAAAGGGAAUUCAAAAAGGACAGGCCGAAGAGCCUGUCGAAAUGAGAAGACAAGAUGGUAGUUGUGCACACAAGAUGGCCGAUGAGCCCACUAAGGUGACGUACUCCGACGGGUCGCUGACCGCGGCAAUGGUGGCGUGGCGGCCGGAUUUGCUGGCGUGCAGCGCUGAGAGUAGCUGCAUUGCCUGUGCUGCGAGCAACGGCAUCUUGACAGGAAACGGCAAGAAAGAGUUUUGCUGCAAGGACUCAAAGACCUUUUGGCAAACUUGGAAACAGCUCAUGGACACCCUGGAGCAAGGCAAUGCGCCCACAGGCAACGUAGCCUGUGUCACGACUAAGGAUGCGGUGCAACUGCGUGCACUUGCUGAAACUCACCAGAUCGAGGUUGAUCUGGCUUUGGUUUUGGUCGACUUACCUACGGGUUUCGAGGCCUUUGGAGAUGUCACUCCUCCUGGUCACAAAGGGGGAAUUUGGACGUUUAAAGCUGUUUGGUCUGGAAGCGGAAAUGCUUCUUGCAAGGUUCUGGAAAUAGGGGCGGCUAAACCGUUGGUUAUUUCACCUUGGUUGCCCGCGCCCCUUAAGAAACCUUUUACAGAACCGCUCUGGGGUGCCAAAGGUUGGAUCACCAGAGCGCAAUCUGCAGAGGAGGUGCAGGCCGAAGAAAAGGAUGCUGAAAUGCCGGAUUGUCCGGCGACCCUAACGGACGAGACGCAACAGUCCCAGCCUGAAGCUAGUCAGGGACAAUCCAACAAAAAGGGUCCUGAUGGCUCCUCAAAUGGUAGUCCCGAAAAGAAAAAAGUCAGAACUAGUGGUUUUUCUGCUGACAAGAAAACAAAAGUCACGGAGGACUUGGACAAACUAGGACCUGACGGGGUCCCACAGUGGGACCUGGGAGGUUUUGGUGACUGUGGCUUCCGUUGCUUGGUUGCCGCACAAAGCUUGCGAAACGGAAAAAAGAAGGAGGAUGUGGUUCAAAACAUAGCCAAACUGGCUCUGUCCUUUCGUACCAAGACUACUCUGUUUCUGGCUCAAAACGAUUCCUGGCAUCAGAGUUGGUUUGCUGACCCAGAGGCUACGGAGGUAACUGAAGGUGGUGAUGUCCCCACUGACGUCUCUUCCUACUUGCAAGCCUGCAAACGAAACAACAAAUGGUUUGACAGUUUUAACUGCUUUGCCGCUGCUGAAGUGUUGGAAAGCGAAGUAGUGGUUUUCAAACACUUGCAUGGUCAAUGGGUUUACUUUCAGAAGUUCGUCCCCUCCAAGUGCAGCAGCAAGGAGCCUAUUCCUUUGUUUUUGAAAAAUGGUCAUUUUCAGACCAUUGAUCCGUCUGUGCCUUUGCCUUCGCAUUGGCACGACUUUGACCCCAAGGAUGUUGGUCCGGCGCUCAGUUUUUUGGGCGGCGGUAAAAGAGCUUAUGCGGGCAGUGCCCGCGGUAGCACUACGAAGUCGGCCAAGACGGGGAAGUCUGACAGCCUGUUCUGGAAUCCGACCGGUGUCUCCUACUUCGACCAAGUUCCGACCCCAGAAGCAUCUCAGGCUGCGGUCACAGGCGAGGCCAAAAACCCUGGACCUGGCCGCGCCCUCAGGAGUGAUUCGUACAAUCCUCGGCUGCUGGUCUUAAACACUGGUGGUAGUCCUGGAGCUUGGCGGCUCCUGUCGGAAGAUUUUUUGGACGCUGACCUGGUGGCUCUGCAAGUUACGGCACAAACAAUGGGCCGUCGUGGGCGAUUUCAAUGUGGAUUGGCAACAGUGCCUGGAGGACAUGUGGGGCCACCUGCACAAUACGUCAGCGAUCCCAGUCCUGGUGAGCAUGUGCGUCGGUUGCGACGCAGUUUAGCUCGUGCCUAUGAGGCGUUGCAGUUGAUUCAUGACUAUUGGACUCACCAAUGGAGUGGGGUACGUCCUGAUUCAACCGAGGCCUCCAAAAAAUUGGCUCAGGAUUUUGGGCUCUUCUCCACGUCCCAGCCUUGGACCAAUAUCAGCCAAGGUGAACUUUGGCAGGCUGUGAGGAACAGCAAUGGGUCAGCAGGGUGUGACGGUUGGAGCGGUUCCGAGCUUAAGCAUUUGCCAGUGUGGACGCAUCAGGUUCGAUGGCUGCAGUAUGAUGGCCACACAGCGGCUCAAACUCUGCCAGCCCAUCGAGCUAUGCCUCAGGGCGACCCGCUUUCUCCACUUUUAAUGGCGGUUUGGGUUAGCUCAGGUCUUCGGGCCAUUCAACAAGAAGGUACAGCUGAAUAUUCCUGCUACAUGGACGACCGCACCUUUUGGACUCAAGAUGUGGAUGGGGCUUUGGACCGCAUUCUGAAGUGGCAGGCAUGGAGCAGAACCCUCGGGAUCAAGGAAAAUCCCAAUAAGACUCAAAUCGUUGCAAAGACUCGGAGGCAGCAUCAAGAAUUGCUGAGCAAAGCACCACAAUGGGCAAAGAGUGAAAUUAAAAUUCUUGGAACCAGUUCGGUCACUCAGACGCGUAACCUCACUGACGUCGAAAAUUCACGAAUUGCCGAUGCCAUGGCGCGUGCCAGAAUUUUGGCUAGUCUCCCACUGGCAUGGUCGCGAAGAAUCCAAGCAUUUCAUGCAUUCGUCCUUUCCAAGGCUGCUUUUGGAUGGGUUGGCAGAUCUCCUACGGCAGAAGUGGUCAACAAGUUAUUUAACACUAUGACUGUCUCAAUGGCCAGUCAGCGGUGUGGUGCCAGAGCACUCAAAAAAAUGUUCUUUGGAGCAAACACUUUCCUCAGUCAGGUGCUGGUCACCCGACGUUUGGCCAGAAUGCACCGGCUUUUAAAGAAAGAUCCCGGGAUGGCAUGGCAUAUGAAGCCGUUCACGCCUGUGGCUCUGCUCCGGAAGGAUAUGACAAACUUAGGUUUUUGCGAAAAGGAGCCGUGGGUCUGGAAAGUCGAUGAAGACUGGUUUCAGCAUGUUCCAAGAGAUGAACAAGUAGUGGACCUCAGGCAUGAUGCUGGGUAUGGAAUUCCCCAAUUGCUGCACGCCUGUCGAGAGGCAUUUAGGCGCUCUUGUCUCCUGGAAUUUCUGGCGCAUCCUAAGCGUCGGGAUGCUACCAAUUUCAGAGAAAAUCAUGAGGAAGCCGCUUUGAAAGCAGCGUACUCCGAAAUCGACUUUCGUCGAACCAGAACUUUUGCGGAAGCUUUGAGUUCAUGCAGAAACCUGUUCCUGGGUGCAUUCAUGAGUUCGGCAUGUCUUUAUCGUGCUGAUCGAAAAGAGGAUUUAGCUGGCCUUGGU